CUGGUUACGAGGUUACGAGGCAAACCAACGCAAACCCACCAAAAAGGAAACAAGUUUCAAGGUUAUGAAUUAAGUCUGUCAGUUACUUUUGAACCUCUCUCUGUUUAUAUUCUUGGCAUCAAUUAGACGAACUAUUUCAUCAUGUCACCAAAAGGAUUAGACUAUGAAUUGCUCAAUGAAAAUGUGAAGAAGGUCCAAUAUGCUGUUAGAGGUGAACUGUAUCUUCGAGCUGCUGAGCUUCAGAAGGAAGGAAAGAAGAUUAUUUUUACGAAUGUUGGAAAUCCUCACGCUUUGGGACAGAAGCCACUGACUUUUCCUCGCCAGGUGGUGGCCCUAUGCCAAGCUCCAUUUCUAUUGGACGAUCCUAAUGUUGGGCUUUUCUUCCCAGCAGAUGCCAUUGCAAGGGCUAAACAUUAUCUUUCAUUGCAGUUGGGUGGUCUAGGUGCCUAUAGUGACUCCCGAGGAAAUCCAGGAGUAAGAAAGGAAGUGGCAGAAUUUAUUGAAAGGCGUGAUGGCUAUCCAAGUGAUCCAGAACUCAUUUUCCUUACGGACGGCGCCAGCAAAGGAGUGAUGCAGAUCUUGAAUAUUAUUAUUCGUGGAGAGGGGGAUGGGAUUUUAGUUCCAUUGCCGCAGUAUCCACUUUACUCUGCUGGAAUAUCAUUAUUUGGGGGUUCUCUCAUCUCAUAUUACCUGGAAGAGACAGCAAAUUGGGGUCUUGAUAUCAAUAGCGCACGCCAGUCUGUUGCGCAGGCUCGCUCCAGAGGAAUAACUGUCCGUGCCAUGGUGAUUAUAAACCCUGGAAACCCUACAGGCCAGUGUCUUAGUGUAGAGAAUCUAAAGGAAAUAAUACGCUUCUGUUACCAAGAAAAGUUGGCCCUGCUUGCAGAUGAGGUUUAUCAGCAGAACAUAUACCAGGAUGAGCGUUCUUUUGUGAGUGCAAAAAAGGUUUUGAUGGAUAUGGGCCCACCCUUUAGCAAGGAUAUCCAACUUGUAUCUUUCCACAGCGUCUCCAAAGGGUACUAUGGUGAAUGUGGACAACGAGGAGGAUACUUUGAGAUGACAAACAUUCCUCCAGAGACUGUCGAUGAGAUUUAUAAGGUUGCUUCCAUAUCACUCAGUCCAAAUGUCCCUGCACAGAUAUUUAUGGGAUUGAUGGUUAACCCCCCCAAGCCAGGAGACAUCUCACAUGAUCAGUUUGUUAGAGAGAGCAAAGCAGUCAUUGAAUCAUUGAGAAGAAGAGCACACAUAAUGACUGAUGGAUUCAACAGUUGUAGAAAUGUGGUUUGCAACUUCACAGAAGGAGCAAUGUAUUCAUUCCCCCAAAUACGCCUACCACCAAAAGCACUCGAAGCUGCCAAAAGGGCUGGUAAAGUCCCCGAUGUUUUCUAUUGUCUCAAGCUCUUGGAAGCGACAGGCAUUUCCACGGUACCUGGUUCAGGUUUUGGCCAGAAGGAAGGGGUCUUCCACUUGAGGACAACCAUCUUACCAGCUGAAGAAGAGAUGCCUGCUAUCAUGGCUAGUUUCCAGAAGUUCAAUGAUGAAUUUAUGGAGCAAUAUGAAGAUUACAAAGGUUAUUCAAGGAUGUAAGGGGCCUACAAAUUCCCCAAUUUGUAUUAUUUUCUGCUACAAUGUAAAUCAACCAAUGUAACAACUUUUUAUUCUCCCAGACAAUAUGAGGUGUUAUUUCCCUCCCUUUCGGUGGGAUAAAUCUUAGAAAAGGGGAUAAAAGGUCUGUAAAGAUGGGUAGCCUGUGGCACUGAACUGCUAUCAGAAUCCUAAUUGAGAUCAGAUGAGAUAUCACUUUAAGAUGAUUAUAAAUAAGACAAAUUGAGCAAGAGCUGGAAGACAA